GAGCAGGGCCGGAGGGGCCCGGGACGGAGAGCCGCGAACCGUUAGCUGCGCCCCGACCCGCCCUUCGCCCCCCACCCCGGGACCCGCAGCCACCACCGGCCAUGGCCAGGGACUACGCCGCCCGCAGCCUCGACACCAUCGAUUUGUCCUCCCUGCGGGAUCCAGCGGGGAUAUUUGAACUGGUGCAAGUCGUUGGAAAUGGAACAUAUGGACAAGUCUAUAAGGGUCGCCAUGUGAAGACUGGACAGUUAGCAGCAAUAAAAGUUAUGAACGUCACAGAGGAUGAAGAAGAUGAAAUUAAGCUGGAAAUAAACAUGCUCAAGAAAUAUUCCCAUCACAGGAACAUUGCAACUUACUACGGAGCAUUUGUGAAAAAAAGCCCCGUGGGCCAGGAUGACCAACUCUGGCUGGUGAUGGAAUAUUGUGGGGCUGGUUCUGUAACAGAUUUAGUGAAGAAAACCAAAGGGAAUUGCUUCAAGGAAGACUGGAUUGCCUAUAUAUGUAGAGAAGUUCUCAGGGGUUUAGCACACCUUCAUAGUCACCAUGUUAUUCACCGAGACAUAAAAGGACAGAAUGUUCUGCUCACUGAAAAUGCAGAAGUAAAACUGGUGGAUUUUGGGGUGAGUGCUCAAUUGGACAGAACUAUUGGAAGACGAAAUACCUUCAUUGGGACACCUUAUUGGAUGGCACCUGAAGUCAUAGCUUGUGAUGAGAAUCCAGAUUCCACCUAUGAUUACCGAAGUGACCUAUGGUCUUUGGGGAUCACCGCUAUAGAGAUGGCAGAAGGCGCUCCCCCCCUUUGUGAUAUGCAUCCAAUGAGAGCUCUCUUUCUCAUCCCACGGAAUCCUCCCCCCAAGCUGAAAUCCCGCAAAUGGUCCAAGAAAUUUCUUAAUUUUGUGGAAAGCUGCCUUGUUAAAAAUUAUAUGCAUCGACCUUCCACCGAGACGCUGCUCAAGCAUUCAUUUAUCCGAGAUUUGCAGAAUGAACGGCAAGUUCGUAUUAUGCUCAAAGACCAUCUGGACAGGACCAGGAAAAAGAAAGGAGAGAAAGAAGAAACUGAAUAUGAAUACAGUGGGAGUGAAGAAGAUGAAGAUGAAUUAAAUGAAGAUGAAGGAGAACCAAGUUCCAUAGUUAAUCUUCCUGGGGAAUCAACCCUCCGCCGUGAAUUUCUGAGACUGCAGCAGGAAAACAAAAGCCGCUCUGAGCCUCACCGGCAGCAGCAUCUACAGCAGCAGCAGCUGAAAGAUCAAGAAAAAUACAAGAAGCAGCUCCUGGCAGAACGUCAAAAGCGAAUUGAGCAGCAGAAAGAGCAGAGAAAAAGGCUUGAGGAUCAUCAGAAAAGGGAACAGGAGCUCCGAAAACUUCAAGAGGGCGAGCAUCACUGGCCAGAAAUUAAGGAUAUACUGAGGAAAGAAGAGAAGGGCAGAGAAGACAACAGGAUUGAGGAUGAAAGAUGCAAGGUAGCAGAUGGACAAAAGAAAUCAGAAAGGAAACAGAAAAAAAUUGAAGAUGCUCAGCAUAAUAAAAAAGUACACCGGACUCUUCCCAAAGAUCAAACCCAGUUAUUAUCUCUUCAGCAUGAUCACAAGCAAAAGAAUAAGGAACCUCCAAAAUCUGUGGCUGUAGCACCACAUCCAUCACCAAAAAGUAUAAGAAAAGAGGCUGAUGAAAAGAAAAAGAAAAAUGAUGGUGCCCAGACACCUCUAAACUGGUCACUGGUCCUUGGACAUGAAGCCAUGCCUCAUUCCAGAUUGGGUUCUGGCAGUAGUUCCAGCCCCUGUACCCCAGCCUUGCAGAGGGCCAUGCUAGCACAGAAUGAAAACCUCCGAACCAGUAGAGACUCUUACCACAGCAGUUCGCUUUCUGACAUGGCCAUCUUACCCCUGAGUCCAGGACAGAAUGAAGUAUUCUGGAAUGUUCUGCAAAAUGAAGAGCAACCUCCUAAGGUCCCAGAAAGAACCACUUCAAAAAUUCACAAUAAGGAUCAAAUGAACCAUCAAAGGUGUCCUUCAAGUAGUGCACAUCAGCCGUUCGGGGGACAAGUUCAGAAGCCAAACAGUAGCAGUAAGUCCACUGGCAACAGACAGUGGGAGUUGGGACCUCAUCUGAGCAGCAGAUCAGCAUCAGGAUCCUCCAGGACAGACAGUCCCAUUUCUCAGAACCAAAUUCAGCAACAUAAAUGGCCUGAAACUCUUCCUCAGCCUACACUUGCCCAUAUCUCGGGUCCAACUUUCACUGACAAAGGAAAAGACAGUGCCAACAUAUUUUUUAAAGCCUCUGAGUAUUCAUCCUCCAGCGAUGAAGUUGGCAGUAGCGAUGAUGAUGAUCACAAUCACAAAAGGCAACCACUCAGCAAUGGAGACGCAGAUUUCUCAAGGACAAGAGUUACCGAUGGAAUAGAACUGAAACCCCAAAACAACGUAAAUGAACAGAAGGAACAAAUGGCAGGGAAUCAAAGCUGUAACAGCCACCAAGGACUCUGGAAUUUAAACAACCAGAACUACCUCUUGCCGGAUCUCUUGCAGCAGAGUCAUCUCUCAGGCUCCACAAUGAACCAGCCAAAAGAUACACAAAAUAGUCAGGGACCUCAAAACAAACUUUUGCAUAAUAAGGCAUCAAGUGCCGGAAAUACGCCAUCAAAAAACAGUUCAUCAUCCACUUCAUCAUUCACCUCAUUCAUCGAUCCAAGACUUUUGCAGAUCUCACCUCCAUCUAGUCCAGUGGGUCCCACCAGUAGCUCCCCAUGUGAAGUGAAAUCUGAUCCACCAAGAAGGGAGAAUGCCAGGAAGGGCUCAGUUGUCAACGUCAAUCCCACCAAUAUCAGACCCCAAAGUGACAGUCCAGAAAUUCGGAAGUACAAGAAGAAGUUUAAUUCUGAAAUUCUCUGUGCUGCUUUGUGGGGUGUGAAUUUGCUGGUGGGAACAGAGAAUGGCUUGUGGCUACUGGACAGAAGUGGUCAAGGAAGGGUGUACUCCUUAAUAAGCAGAAGACGUUUCCAACAAAUGGAUGUUCUGGAAGGACUCAAUGUGCUGAUUACCAUUUCAGGCAAGAAGAAUAAAUUGAGGGUGUAUUAUUUAUCUUGGCUGCGAAACAAGAUUUUACAUAAUGAUCCUGAGGUGGAAAAACGGCAAGGCUGGGUCUCAGUGGGAGAUUUAGAAGGUUGUGUGCACUACAAAGUUGUUAAAUACGAGAGGAUUAAAUUUCUUGUUAUUGCUUUGAAAAACUCAGUUGAGGUCUACGCAUGGGCUCCAAAACCCUAUCACAAAUUUAUGGCCUUUAAGGCAUUUAUAUCUCUUCAUCAGAAACCAUUGUCAGUUGACCUGACAGUUGAAAAUGGACAGCGGUUAAAGGUCAUCUAUGGCUCAGUAGUGGGAUUCCAUGCAAUUGAUGUGGACUCUGGGACUGUUUACGAUCUAUACCUGCCAACCCACAUCCAGGGAAACAUCCGCCCACAUGCUAUUAUCAUUCUCCCCAACACCAGUGGAAUGGAGCUAUUACUCACCUAUGAAGAUGAGGGGGUCUAUAUUAAUAUAUAUGGGCACUUCACAAAGGAGACCGUUUUACAGUGGGGUGAAAUGCCAGCGUCUGUGGCUUAUCUACAGUCUAACCAGGUCAUGGGCUGGGGAGACAAAGCGAUUGAACUGCGCUCUGUGGAAACUGGAAAUUUGGAAGGUGUAUUUAUGCACAAGAAAGCCCAGAAACUAAAAUUUCUGUGUGAAAGAAAUGACAAGGUGUUCUUUGCCUCUGUCCAGUCUGGCGGCAGCAGUCAAAUCUACUUUAUGACCCUUGGACAAAAUGUGCUUUUCAACUGGUGAUGCCCAGGAAAGACGGUUAGAAGUUCCCAGUAGAUUGGAACAAUGCAAAAUAUAACGACAUUUGCACACAAAUUUGCACUUUCACCUGCAAAAAUAUUUGUCAUUUAUUUAUCAUUCGAUUUUGUGUUUAAAAGGAGGUUGCAAAGACUUAACUUCUGAUAUAGCACAGCAUGAUUGCAAUGACAAAUGUAACCUACAUUGAGUGACCUAUAUAGCCAGCUCCAUGUAUUUGGAAGAGUGUACUCUGAAAAGCAUCUUUGCACAAAUACUGUAAUUUUUGUGUUUUUUUUGAAGGCAAGCAUUAUUCUUUGGACAGUAGCUAUAUGUGAAUUUUAAAUGUAGAGUUCAGAAGCCUGUUGCUUUUAAUGAAUUGAAUUUCCGGCAUUUUUCAGAAAUGUUUGACUUAUUUAAUCGUUUUUUAUGGAAAAAAGCAAAUUUUUCAUAUCUUUCCAAAGUCAUUCAGAGAAGCAAGUGCUAAUUAAUAGAACCAAAUAGUUGAAUUAAUUGAAGUUUCUAUGGAUAUACUCAGAUUCUUGAUGUUCUCUUGAGAUCUUUAGUAUGUUAUCGUCGGCUUUGUAAAAUAGGUGGAUUUCCAUUGCAUAGGUAAUGAAUGUUUUUGCAAACCACCAAAUGAUAAACAUUUCUAUGCCUCAACAUAGAACUUAUCAUUCUACAUGUUCUGUAGAAUGUAUUUUGAAAUACUCUUCAAUAGUAGUUUAUGAAACUCCACUCACAAGACUCUGUCUUUCCACAUGUCUCUAGUAGCCCAUUUUUCCCUUACUCCAUGAUGGAAGAAUGGGGCAAAAAUUUGGCCAUUUGACUUCUUUCUACAUAAGGUCUCUCUAAAAUAUAUGUCAAAGUUUUAAACAGCUAUGCAGAGACAAUUUAGAAAAAAAAAAAGAAUUUAUAGGAAGCUGUCGAUCCAGGCUAUUACCGAAUAGCAGAGUUAGGCUGUAGUGUCACUGAAAUUAAAUGUUUUCAGUGAAAAUAAAUAUUUUUCAAGGGCUUGCAUUUGGGUUGUAAAACAACAUUUUGGGAUGAAACUUGAUACUUGUAAUUUUGACUCAGGAUUUAGAAAGGCUGAAAUUUUUUUUAAUCCUUAACUAAAUUAUAUAUUGUUUUCAAGUGAUAGUUUUGAACAGUUGGAGGCUCAUUUUAAAAGAAUGUUUCAGCAGUAAACUAUGGGUUUUAAAA